CGGUGCGUCAUCGGUGUGCUUUUCCGGUGAAGGUCUCUACACGCAGUCAUGCCUCUUGCACGGGAUCUGUUACACCCGAGCUCUGAGGAGGAAAAGAGGCGACACAAGAAAAAACGUCUUGUUCAGAGUCCUAAUUCAUAUUUUAUGGAUGUCAAAUGUCCAGGCUGCUACAAGAUCACCACAGUGUUCAGUCACGCUCAGACUGUCGUGCUGUGUGUAGGCUGCUCCACAGUCCUCUGCCAGCCUACGGGAGGGAAAGCUCGCCUCACAGAAGGAUGUUCAUUCAGGAGGAAACAGCACUAGUUUGACCAGGCGUGGUUGAACACAGUUGUGGAUGAACUGAGCUGGAGUUCAUGAAGUAACACUGCCAUGGAGCUGAUGCCUCAAUGAGGAAAGGAGAGCGGAAAUACAGAUCAUGUAAUCUAAGAAGUCUCUAUAAUAUGCACAGAGAAAUGCUUGGCAUUUCUGAGACGCCACAUAUCCAAUUAUUCAUCCCUCUUGUUAAAUUUAAGGGUUUUUUUUGGUAAAAUAAUCUUGCAUGUUCGUCAUCCAGUUUUCUUCUUUGUACCUCGUUAAGGUUCAUCGAAGGGGUCCUGUAAAUAUCAGGACUCCUUUAAUAUGUACCGGUACAGAUCAGGGCAUUUCAGGACUCCGGCAGUCUUUUCCUCCACGUGUACAGAUGUGUGGCCUCAACAGUUUUUGUGUGGCGUGAUUUGCAUCUGUUUGCAUUACACCUUCAAUGAUUAAACACAAACAUUUACAAGAAGGUGGGGGUGUAUGAUGAGCCGUGGUGAUAUUUUCAACCAGUUUCUUAGCACUUAGAUUUAUGUAAGUUUGCUUUUAAAACACUGGACCAGUUCUAGGAAAGGCGAUACACUGACUGAAGUUGCAAAUUGCAUCUUAAAAAAAAAACUGUCCAUUACUGCAGUUUUACUAUAUUAAAGCUACUCGUGGCAUAAUUGACUGUUUAUUGGUUUGUGGUAGAGCUGGUAAAAUAUCCACUCAAUACCUGUAUAUUCCAAGUCAAUGCCACAGUUCAGCGUUGUAUUUAAAGGUGGACCGUGAUGUCAUCGGUGUCUGCUCCGAAGCCAUUGGCUUUGGUCCAGGGCCCACACAGCCUGAUCGUGGAUUUGCUUCAGGGAAGUCAUUGCUGGCUCUGCUGGUGAUGGUUGUAAAACACAGAACAGUGAUGUGACACUAAAUAUGAUUGUGAAUUUAAAUGUGCUUGCAAGCUUCCUGUGAAAAUGAUAAUGUAGGAUGAAUUCUUGUGAAGUUGAGAUAAUUCUGCUAAAAUCAUUUGUGUCCUCCAGUUCACUCAGUUAUAACAGUUUAGGCUUGUUCGUGUGACUGAGUUGUACACUGAAUAAAGAAAUUAAUUUAAUUUUUGUUAUGUCUUGCUUGUACACGGCUUCCAAAUAAAAUGAUGAAGAAUAUGA